AAACAUCUGCGACAGGAGGUGCCACGCCAUAACUUUCAAGUAACCAUAAGGUCAGGUGGUCUGUGCUGUCUCAUUCCACACCCUUCAACUGUUUCAUCUCGUCUGCCCCCUCUGCUGAGGCGUAUCAGCCCAACAGAUGGGGGGGUGUCAACAGCUAUGUGUCUCUAACAGCGAGCAGAGACUCAGGCUCCCGUAAGAUUCUCCCAAAUGAGGUUCCGGUUCCAACACUCGUCCGUUACAACGGCCUUGGAGGUCAGGGAUCCUGUUCACAAGGGCUGGAUGAGCGACUUCAAAGAGGUAGAAAAGCUGAGCUGCGACCAUCUGCUGGCGCCACGUCGGGGCCCCUGACCACUGCUGAGGCUUUCUCACCUCGGAUGCCACCAGAUGAAGAAACUGUGGGACCAAAACCCGACGGAGGAAUCAGACGUGUUUGAUGCUGCAGCUGAAGCUUUUUUUGUUUUUGGUUUUUUUCUGAAAAGUUGACAUCCAGCAGGUGGAGAGCAGAAGACAAUGCAGGGGGGCUCCAGCGCCGCUCAGAGAUCAGCUCAGCAGCAUCCGAAGGCUGAAGAUGGAGCGGCUGUUCUUUUCAGGGCUCUCGGAAACCACGAGCAUCCUGACCCAUUGGAGAUCCGGGACUCUGAAGACCCCCGAGAGUAUUGUUGUGGAAAGAAGACCACCAACAGACAAAAGACGCUUCAGGAGAAUGGAGGGUACCAUCCUGUCCGGAUCGGUGACACCUUCAACAGAAGAUACCGGGUGGUGUCGAAGCUCGGCUGGGGUUUCUUCUCCACUGUGUGGCUCUGCAGCGAUCUCAGGUCGGGUCAGCGUGUGGCCGUGAAGGUGCUGAAGAGCGGAGCUGGCUUCUCCCAGGCGGGACAGGAUGAGACGGCUCUGCUGCGAUGUCACAACCUCCUUCUUCCUGGUUUUUUCCUCCCUUCUUCUCACCUCUCUAAUGUUCCUCCCCGGGCCAGCGGUCCUGCGACUCGUCACCCCGCCAUCGUGCAGCUGGCGGAUGAGUUCAAGGUCGUUGGGGUCAACGGGGUCCACAUAUGUCUGGUUCUGGAGCUGCUGGGACCCGAUCUGAGAAGCUGGCAGUUGUGUUGUGGGAAUCCGGGACUCCCGCGGCCGUGGGUCAAACAGAUCCUCUCUCAGGUUCUGCGGGGCCUCGACCAUCUGCACGCUCGCUGCAAAAUCAUCCACACGGACAUCAAACCCGAGAACAUCCUGCUGUGCCUGCAGCCGCAGUCCCUCCCGUCACCAGCAGGGAGCAGCAGCCUCUGCCGCUUAUCAGCCGAGAUGAAGGCCAGAACCACAGAAAAGGAGCAGUUCGCCUCCCGCAGCUUAAAGGAGGUAACGGUGAAGAUUGCUGACCUGGGGAGUUCCUGCUGGGUGUACAAACAUUUCUGUGAGGAGAUCCAGACCCGGCAGUAUCGCUCCCUGGAGGUCCUGCUGGGUUCUGAGUGCGGCCCGCCUGCCGACAUCUGGAGCGUAGCCUGCAUGGCCUUCGAGCUGGUCACCGGAGACUCCCUGUUCCGGCCCAAAGCCGGCGAAGCCGUCUCCCUGGAGGAAGACCACAUCGCUCAGAUUGUGGGGUUGCUGGGUAAAAUCCCUCCAGUUGUUGCCUUCUCUGGUAAAUAUUCUGCAGAUUAUUUCAGCCUCAGAGGUGAUCUUCUCCGUGUCGGUCCACUCAGGUUCUGGAGCCUUUACGAUGUUUUGGUGGAGAAAUACCACUUCCUGCUUCAGGGAGCUUCUGGAUUCUCAGACUUUCUUAGUCGUAUGCUGGAUUAUCACCCAGAGAGGAGAGCCACGGCGGCACAGUGCCUCCAACAUGCAUGGUUGACCUCCUGUUAGCCCCAGAAAGGCCCUGGGUACCUCACUGUCAGAUGCUUUCAUCAGCCAGACCUCUGCGGUUUCGGGGCAUCUUUAAAUUUUCAUAGGGAGGGAAUUCCCGAGGAUGUCAUCUGGCUUUUAGCCUCAGACACAGAAUCAGAUCAGCUAAUCCGGCAGAGCGCCCCGAGCACUUUCAGCUUUUGCUCUUGCAGCUCCUUUUUACUCAUGAAACAUGAAUGUCAAACCUUUGGGUCCUUAUUAAAACCAAAUGCCGUCAUGCUGGGAUGAGCUUGAUGCUGCCAAGUUCCACUGCAAAACGCUUCAUUCGUUUACUGUUCGUUAAAGUUGAAAAUUAGUUUAGGAAACAAGUUUAAAAAACCAAAGCAGUUUUUAUGUUUUUAAUCCUGAAGUAAUCUGAUUCAAAUCAGAUUAAUCCCAUUUAUGAAUGAUUUCCUUAAACUGCAACUCCAUCUAACAGAGCAGAACUUUUUAUUCAGACCUCCACAUCCAGACGUGGAGCUGACGGAGGGGAGAACAGCCUUAAAUAAGGGUUAAAGGCCGACGAAGUGUGCAUUAUUAUUAUAUGCUGAUGGUCACGAUGGCUUAAAUAAAGCAUCAGUUCA